AUGUCUUCUACUAACACCCAAGAUACCCACAUCAGCUCCGGCGUCACUGACACUGCUUGCCCAGAAUACCGUGAGGGUCAGAUCGGCGGCAGUAAUCACAUGUGCGUCGUCAAUCGCGAAGGCCAAAUUGGUGGAAGCAAUCACAUGUGUGUUCUGUCUCGCGGAACUCGCGGAGGUCAGAUCGGUGGAGGCAAUCACAUAUGCGUCGUUGCCAAGACCGGGAGCUGCACUUAUUAG